AACACUUUUCACCUGUAAUAUGCGCGCCUGUGAAGACCUGUUUUUAUUGUCUAUGGUGAAGACCCUUCCAAGAGACCGACUAACAACAGAAAAUUGCUAACUGGUGGAGAAAAUGGCUGACAUAAUAACAACUGAAUAUGAUGAUGACUCUGGAAACGAUUUCAUUCAGUGCGAAUAUUGUGACAAAAGUAUCCGGGGUGACACUCAGUACAGAAUUCACCUAACAACAAGUCAGCAUUUGAAGAAAAAGGAGUCCAUGAAUCUCUGGGAUGACAUGCCAGUUUGGGAGAGCUUCUUGGAUUACUUGGAUUACCUGAAACUUGAUGAACCAAUCAUUGGCCUGAGUUGUUUGGAGCAGACGGAAUCUCAAGUACUUGGUAAUGGCCAAUUUCGGCUAAAAUACAAGUGCAAGAUGUGCAAUUUAGAGGCAGACUUGCCUGCAAUGGCCAGUCAUGUUGUGGGUCGGAAGCACCGGCAGAAGUUUUUGGAAUUGCAAAGGCCUGAUUUGAUAACAUGGGACAACAAGUACUCUCUCAGCCAGCAGGGAAAGGUAAUCAGGGCCAAGGCAGAAGUCAUAGAGAGACAAGAAGGCCGUGGAAAACCUGUGGAUUUGCAUCCAACACGAAGGAAUUCCAGAGGAAAUGGCCCUCAGAGAGGUAAUGGUCCCCCAAAUCCAAGAUUUCAAAAUCCAAGACCGAACAUGGGACCACAGCAGGGAGGUCUGGAUAGAGGCCAGCAGCGAUAUGGCCCUGCAGACAUGGACAUCCCACCGCAAGACUUCCCUGAAGACCCUCGUUACCAAAGAAAACGUGUUGAUGAUGGCUACUACUCAGCUAGAAGUGGUCCUGAUUAUCCUGAAGAUGCUCCCUUUCAACAUGGCUACCAAGAAGACAACGAUCAUGUCAGGCCCCCUUUCCCUGAGAGUGGUGAAUAUGGGCAAAGGUAUCCCAAAGACAACGGUCGUGAGGAGCCAUACCCAGAAGAUGACCACCGUAGAAGGCCAUUCAUGGAUGACCCUCCAAGGCAAGCAUUUGACAAAGGUGACCGCUAUGAGCCAUCUUACUACGAAGAUGAACCUCGGGGGCAGCCACCACCAGGAGAUGACCAACGUCCCUACGUGGGUGAUAACCACUCUGGACAGCGCUUCUCAGACAGGGACUUUCCUCCCAAUCCCUAUGCCAGGGCAUACCAGGAAGAGGCUCCUCGCCAGCGCCCUGACGACAGUUAUGGUGAGCGGGUGUUCUCUGAGAGAGACUCCAGUGGACAUUUGUUUCCCCAGACUGACCGUCGUCAGCCCGGUGUCCCUGAGAACCGAAAACAGGCGUAUCCUGAAGAGGGUGCCUUUGACAGAAAUGUCCAGGAAGAUGUUGAAAGGGAUCGCUACGGUCGUCGUGAGUCUACUGAAUGGCACCCGAAAGCAGACACUGAUCGCCGUUUCUCAGGUCGUAGUGAUGGUGAACAACAAUACUCUGAACGUGGUUUUGAACCUCAUCGCAGCAGUCACGGAGACGGGAGAGAGAGGAGUUUCUCCGGCUAUGACACCGAGAGGAAUAGGGGUGAUGAAGCCAGGUUUGGCGGAGCCAUCUCUGAAUCUAGAAUGGAGAGAGAUUGGGCAGAGGCUCGAGGACCACCGUCACGGCCCAGUGACGUACUUGGAAGGCCCAGGUCAGAUUUCCCACAGCAUCAGGGAGCUCCACAACAGGAGUCUCUACCUAGCAGGAAGAGGAGGAGCAGGUUCUCCGAUUGCACAGAAGCAGAGAAAGAACUCCUGCAAAAAUAUCAGAUGGCCCAAACUGUUUCUGAGAGACUUGCUCAGAAUCCACCUACAAAAAUCCAGAAGCACUCUGAGAGUGCCCGCUUGAGAGAGGAUUACAGGGAGCGUGGAGGAGCUCAACAAGAUCCUGCCAAUGUCAUGGAUGUUCUUAAAGAUGUCCAGAUUGACAGUGUGGAAGAAGCCAACUUUCUGAAGAAUAAACUGUGUUCACUGCUGAAAGAGUUUCAGGCCAAUAAAUCAGGAGUGAGAGACGAUCAGACUGCCCCAAUGGGUUCCCGAGAUUAUGAACAACCAAGAAGGGAUAGCGUUGAACGGCUACUGUUUGAUGAAUAUAGCCAGCGAAGGAGAGAAAUGACAGCAGUUGGGCGAGAUCGCGACGAGAGUCAAGAACGGCCACCGUCUGACUACAACUACCGUGUAAAAGAAAUGUCAGCAGUUGGCCGCAGUCAUGACGAGAUUCAAGAACGGACACCGUCCGACUUCGGCUACCGUGCAAGAGAUAUGUCGACAGUUGGGCGUAGUCAUGAUGAGAUUCAGGAACGGCCACCUUCUGAUGACUUCAACUACAGGAUGAGAGAAAUGCCAGCUGUGGGACGUGGUCUUGACAGCUUCCGUCAGGCCUCUCAAGAACGCUUUGAUAGAAGAUCCUAUGAACGGGAUGGGCCCCCACACAGAGGGGAAUUUCCGAGACCUGCUGAGAUGUUUGAGGACUACCCACGGGAUGACUUUCACAGAAGGGAGCGCCGGUCUCCUCCAGAGAGUUCGUUUAGGUUCCGUGAAGGUUCACAGCGGUCCUAUUUUGACGGUCCACAUGAGGACAACGCUCGUGACUUUCACCCUGCUCAGACCCGCUUUAUGGAGGACCGAAGAACCCCUCCCUCCAGCCUUGAUAAAAUCGCCUCCACUCUUCUUCACCUGGUGUCACACAAAUGAAAGUUUUCAUGUGUCUAAUUGUUUUUUUAUUGUCAUUAUUAGAAUAUGAAAUGAAUAGAAAACACUUUUUUUCAAGUGGCUGUUAAAAACAAAUACUGUACGGUUAAUUGAGCAAGCCAAGUCUUGCAAACACAUUAAAAAUGUCAUGGCUAAGAUUGCAUCAGGUAGUUUAUUAACCUUUUAUGAACGUUUUUCCAAAUGGGACAGACAUGGUUGCAACCUUUUAAAUGUAUUAAAACUUUGUUGUAAAGGAUUCAUUUAGUAGUGUGUGUGGAAUACCAUGAAAGUCUGGCCGAGGCUGACUAUGCGUGAGGUAAUUAUUCAUCAACAUGAAAAUUGUGGAGAAGGUAUUAUUUACAAAUAGAAUUGUAUGAGUAGGUCUGGAUUAUAUUUUAGAUGUCCUCUGAUUAACAGGUACAGAAUGUAGGAAAUGUUUUUGAGUCACUGAGGUGUUAAGACGCUACACCAGUGGUUCUCAAACUGUGGUACGGGUACCACUGGUGGUAUGCGGACUCUUUGUUGUGGUACUCUGGGAGUCUCCAAGAUAUUUUGUUUCAUGACAAAAUAAUCACUUCAAAUGAUUCAAAUAUAUACAGUUGAGGCCAACAUUAUUAGCCCCCCCUUGUGAAAUCAGACACAAUCCUCUGUUUAUGAAAAUGACCAUUUCCAAAAAUAUGCAUGGUUUAUAUGAUUACAAAAGAGAAAAGACAGCAUGCCCACAAAGUUUGAUGAUAAUUUCUUACUCAUGCUCUGAUAAGAAAUGGAAAAAUUGACAUGUUCAAAAUUAUUAACCCCCUGACCAUUAAUAGUCAAUAUAGUCAGGGGGCCAAUUCUGAAAAGGGCUUCCGUUAAGACUUAUGCGGACAUGUUUUGGUACAUACUGUCACCCUAUUUUUUUAGUUAGAAGAAGAAGAAGCUUUAUUAUUUUGCCUCGUCGCUGAACGCACCAUCAAACAAAUCGGUAUCGUUAUGAUCUUCACUUAUAAUUUACCAAAAUUGCUGAAUAUCGUGUCCAUUGGUGUAAGCUGCAAAAGUAAACCCUAGCCUAACGUUACACAUUACUGUGGGUGUAUCCCAAUUUCUGAAAUACUUUAGAACUUCAAAUUCUGCAAAACCAAAGAUCGUAUAGUUACUUGUGAAAUGUGAAAAGUGACUUCUGUUCUUCGUUUAUUUUCUCACAUAUGUUGUACAAUAAAUCAAACCACCAGUGA